AUGCCGUCACCGUCGCUAUCGGCCGCGUUCACCAUGCCGUCGACUGAUGCCGAGAAAGAGAGGCAAGUUGAGGGUUGGUACCCAAGCAACAGCAGCAGCAGUAGUAGCGAGGGAUUCGUUCCGCCGGCGUUCGUCGGAACAUGGCAGAACAUCCUGCUCGCCUGUGUCCUCUUCGUCAUCGUCACCACGACCAUCGUUGGCAACCUGCUUGUCAUCAUCGCCAUCCGCACCGACAAACACAUGCAGACGACCUUCAACUACUACGUACUCAACCUGGCCGUCACCGACUUUCUCGUCGGAUUAACGGUGAUGACCUUCUACUCGGUUGACGUGGUGUUCGGCUACUGGCCCUUCGGCGAGGUGAUGUGCGGCGUGUGGGUGUUUCUCGACUACGGCUUGACGUUCGUGUCCGUUUUCACCCUCGUCGCGAUCUCGAUUGACCGCCUGUGGUCAGUGAGCUGGCCGAUCUACUACCAGCGCAUGCACAACAUAUCGAAGGUGGCCGUCGCCAUCUGCAUCAUCUGGCUGGUGAUGAUCGUCAUCUGGCUGCCGCCGUGCGUGCUCGACCGCGUGCGCUACUCGCAGCCGCACGUCUGCAUCUGGGAGCCGUCGAACAACCGCGAGUUCGUCGUCGUCGUCGCCGUGCUCGGCCAUCACCUGCCCGACGUCGUGCUCGUCGUCAGCUACGCAUGCAUCAUCACCGUCAUGCGUCGGCGAGCGCGUGUCGGCGUCGCCGUCACCAACCCGCGCCCCAUGCACUCAUUAUCCGUGCCUCAUAAUGAUCCAGCAAGCACCUCUAACGGCGGCAACGGCGGCGACACCAACGCAGCGCCGACGCCGAUGACGAUAUCGGUCGUCUCUUCCGUCGCGAGUACGGCAGCCGACAGUAAUGCGACCCAGCGGGAGGGGCAGCCGCCGCCGCCGCCGCCAGGGGGCAGGGCGACGCAGCUAGAACAGCGCAAGCAGAUAAAGGAGCGACGCGUGUUUCACAUGCUCACCUACAUACUCGCCGGUUACGCCAUCUGUUGGGUGCCAUUUCACUUCGUAUUCGAUAUCAGUGCAGUAAGUCCGGACUCUAUCUCUCCCGCACUCUACUCCGGUAUCUUCUAUCUGUCUUACACCAACUCGACCAUCAAUCCGUUCCUCUAUCACGCAUCGAACCAGGAAUUCAAGAAAGCCUUUCGAAGGCUGUUGGGUUGUAAAGGCAAUAGCGUUCAGGGAAAUUCUGUUUUAUAUGAUAUGGGAAAUAUGACAAUCUGCUACAGUUUCUGGAUCGGCUUCAGCCUAAUAACAGUGUGGCUGGGCCAGUCGCUGCGAUUUUGA